UUCGCGAUAUUAUGUUAAAGUAACUAUUUUUAUGGAUGUAGCUUUUCUAUGCUAUUAUGUGUAUACUGUGUUUGUGUGAUGAUAUUGGUAACUGAUGGUUGUUAUUUAGGUUAGUCACCUAAACGUAAUAUUUAAUUCGUGAGUUAUUUUAUUGCAAUUUUUGAGAAAUGACGUCAAUUUUCGAAAGUUUACAAUCCGCAACAUGUGUAUGGUUCGGAAUAGGCAAUAAACGGAAUGUAAUAGUGUCUAUGGUCGCCGGAACUCUGUUUUUUGUAGGAUGGUGGUUUAUAAUUGAUGCUAAUGCUAAGUAUCCUAGUGAAAUGUCAAAAGCAUAUUAUGUAUGUGGAGUAUUUGGGACUAUAUCUUUAUUCAUGAUAAAUUCUGUAACAAAUGCACAAAUGGGAAGUGAUACACUCAGUGGUGGUUAUCUUGGAGCUAGAGGUGCAAGAGGUUGGUUAUUUAUUGGAUUUGUAAUGGGAUUUGCUGCAGUUAUUGCAGCUUGUUGGAUCUUAUUUGUAGAUUUUGUAGCUGCAGGAGCUCAGCACCAUUGGCCCGGUGUAGGUCUCUUUUUACAAAAUGUAUUUAUUUUUUUGGGAUCUCUGACCUAUAAAUUUGGAAGAAUAGAAGAGCUAUAAGGUUACCUAAUAUUUAUAUGUUAUAAACAUUUUUUUAUAUUUGUGCAGAAGUUUCUAGUUCUACUGGAUUUUAAAGUGGAGUACUUUAUAUCAAAGAACAAAUAAUUACAUAUUGUAUUGUAAAUGAAUUGUAUUAAUUCAUUGUAAAGUUGUAUAACUCUUUGUUUUUAUUUACACAUAAGUAGUUAUUUAUAUGCUUACUCACAUUGCCUAUUCAUUAUGAAUUGUCACAAAUUUAAAUAAUUAUGUGUAUAAUAUAAUACAAGUUAUGCAAUUAUAUAGGAAUAGUUUGUUUAAUAAUGUAACAACUUUUUUGUUAUAAUUUUUUUACUAUAAAUUGUAGGAUAAACAGCUGAACUAAAAUUUGAUAACAUUUUUGUUUUUAAUAAAUGUCUAUAUACAAAUAUUGUGUUUGUGUGUUUGUAAACAUGGAUAUAAUUUACAAUAAAUUUUGCAUUUAUUGUUAUAGUA